AUGAAAACGAAAGAACGUACGAAUUUUGAUUUCAAGUACACGGCCCCCGGCCGACAAGAUGGCUCUUCUUCUUCGACGACCAACGAAAGCAAAAGUAGUUUUAAAAAUAAAACAACUGCUUGCGCGCAGGCAGCAGAAGAAGAAGAAGCAAGAGAAGAAGAACGGGUCGUAGACGUUCGUUUUGUUCGCCAAGAACCAGGCGAACAUUUUCGACAACCAGUUUGGCGGACAUUUAGGCAGGUGUUAAAUGAAGGCAGAAAAGCAAGUACAGAUGCUCUGCUGACUAGUUCACCUUAUAAGGAUAGCCUGGCUAAUGACUUGAGCAAAGCCCAGAAAACAAAUGGAAAAGGAGCUAAAAUACUGCAAAGGAAAUGUGUCGGAAAUGUGGCUACGAAAUGCUUCGAAAAUAAAGAAAAUGAAGCUCCAGCUGAAAAGGAAAGUGAAAGCCAAACAAUGAAGUCAAAAUGGACGAAAAAGCGACUAGAAAGAACAAAAAAGCAAUUAGUAACCUCUUCAGAUUCAGAUAUUGAUAUAGCCGGAGAUUUAACAGUUUCCACAGAUGAUGAAGACAGUGAAGAUAACUGCGAGUGUCCGUACUGCAAUGAAACCUAUUUGAGCGACAGAGCGGGCGAAAAUAUGAUAUUAAAAACAUUAAAUGGAAAGUAUGAGGAAGUCGACAGCAACGAUGUGGCAGAUACGUUGGGUGGUAAGACCCAGGAUAUAGUAUGGAUGUGUGGUCUGGUUGCCAAGCAUCGAAAAGACUUACCCGCAAGCUCGCUAAGGUUCAAAGACUGGCGGCGCUGGCGAUUACUGGCGUGA